ACACACCUCCUGCUGCUGUGGCGUUCACUAUGAGCCGCAAGCGCACGUUGCAGCAAGUAGCUCUUGCGUUGGCCUCUGCUUCGUACGUGGGGUACGUUGCCCUCGACCGAUUCGCGCUGCACGACGAGACAGCGCUCGAGAAUGCCAAGCGAAGGGGCCGGCUUCGCGGAGAAGCGAAGGUUCGCCGCGUGCAGAUGGAGGAAGACGCCGCUGCCGCCGCCGCCGCAGCAGCAGCAGAAGAAGCAGCAGCAGCAGCAGGGAAAACUCCUACGGAGAAAAGGGCUGGGAGGUAGCCUCCGAGCCGAUAGCGCUCAGUCGGCAGUGGUUCGUCGCGGCGUCUACUGCUUCUUUCACGCUGUGAGAGAGGUUGCUGGGUAACACUAAAUUACCGCACUAAAAGGAGCAGCAGGCUGAUUGCUCGCCGCCGUCUUCAGCUGGUGGUGUGGUGUGCUAUCUGCUUAAGGCGCUACCUUUGACACGGUCGGUAUAACAGUGAUUGGCCGGAGAAACGACGCGGUUUAUGCGUCUCCUGUUCUUCGAUACGCAGCCGUGUGUAACCUCGGUUCGUGUGCUGGUACACAUGGCCGAAACGGAGGUCUCAGUAUAUAAUUACCGAGACAGGAGUGGGGCGUCCAACGUAGGGCCGGGGCCCGUAGUGGCACACUUGUCACCACACGGUGUUUAACUCUCGGCUGUGUUCAGCGGUCUCCUUUCUGCGGCUACUGACUGCUUCCAUCGUCCGCCACAGAUCAAGGUACGGCGUGGUGUCCAGGGGUGGGGUAUGGACUGAGGAGGGCUCGUGCGCUGAUAGGACGGCGCGCACGGCGCUAGGCCUGUUCGCAGUCCUGCCUCCCGUUAUCCGCGGCGCAUCUUGCGCGUGGACAUUGCAAGAGCAUAUUCUCACAGAUGUUUGGCGGUGACGGGACUGCGUGCUGCUGCCCGUCGCUGCGAAGCUUUCGUCCGUACGACGUCGGCUGUCCAUGGGAGGAAAAGAUCUGAGCACCAUUGGAUGGUGGUGCAGGCGCCCCAAACGAGAGACCUGUGCCGAACAGGGCUGCGAGACACAUGCUCCACCGUGAGCGGUGGCUGCGGCAGCGUUACCGACGGUGCGGUAGCGCAAGAGAUCGGUCAACGUUUCCCGAUUUUGGCUGAGAGGAAGGAUACACGGGGAUGAAUAUGAUAGUGAUGCUGACGAGUGUCGCUAGAGCUGCUGCGGAUUUCAAGACGAGUUGAGCAGGAAGCCGCGUGAACAGCACUGGGGGGCAGCCAUCGGUGGUUGUGGUGGGGACGUUGGCUGCGUGUCCGGCUGGCUAGGCUGCUGUGUGGCUUCGGGAAAGUUAAUAAUAGGUAUGUGUGCACGUAUGAGUUGGAGGAAGGGACUCCAGCUUUAGGGUUGUCAUCAUGCAUGCUGGUGCUGUUUUGUAGGAUUUGGUGGCGUGUGUUUUGACUCGAUGGCCAUCUGUCGUUUUCGUUGUUGGUGGUCGUCUUCUUCCGCUUCUUGCUGGGUGAGUGUAGUAGAGCUGUGCGGUCUAUGUACAACAACACCCUUGUGCGUGCAUGCACCAUGUCUUAUGGGCUUUCUCCUCCUGUGGUCGUGCUAAGGGCGCAGCCCCUCUUGUAGAAGCCGAUACCAACACCAGCGGCGGCUGCCGCUGCUACUGCAGCUUAGACAGCUACGACGUGUAUCUUUUUUAGAAAGUAUACAUGUAUUCUUCGUUCGUCAAAAGGGGUUUUGCCGAAAAGGUUGGAGGAUGAGGAGGGCUUCACCCAACCGCUACAUGGGUAAAGCUGUAGAUGGACUAGACCCCGCCACGGCUGCGUUGUGUUGUGUGUAUAUUUUUGCCGACAGCCCAAUUCAGGCGACUAGAACGUGGAAAGAUGCGUUCGUGAUCCUUCUAUUCUCGAUUGGUGCUCGUUCUGGGAAUUCACAGUUAGCCCUGCGCCUGACCCUGUUUUUGAGCCCAAAUUCUGUCACGCGGAGGGUCUUUCGAAUAGACUUCUUUCUUUUUUUUUUCCGUUGCCAAGCCAAUAAAAGCCGACUAAUUUUGACAGCGGCGUCCAUUUCCAGGGCGAACAGGCUGAACAUGUGCUGCGAUGGCUUGUAUUUUUUGAAUUUUUUUGAGCGGGCGUGGAUGCGCGCGGACAACAACACAUACACGGACAACACACGGCGGUGGGGUUGAUGCGUGUGCUCCCUCGAGAUCAAACUAGACCUGCGACCACCUCACUGCUGACCGGCGCCACAAAUCAUGGCCCCGAGUGGCAGGUUAGGAGCGUGAUCGACGAUGUUGUGCCGGGGUCGGAGUCUGAGAGUGGUCUGUCCGACGAGCUGAGCGGGGAGGAUGACGAUGAGAUGUGAUAAAGAAUCCGCGAUGGAUGAAGGCAGAUGUAUUUUGAAUCAACACGAAAAAAAAACGUCGUUUGAAACAACGCAACACCACCCAAAAGGCACUGCCCCCGCUCGCGACCUUUCCUCCCCUGCACGAGGUCGAAGAGGUAUUGCGCAGCACGUGUAUCAGCCAGAGCUACUGAUGGCGCACUAACGAUAGAAAGAGCUGCAGUACCGCCGGCGGUACAGCCUUUGCGCCGUGACACAAAUGUAGGCGAUGGCGAAAGAAACGCCGAAGUUGAUGGAUGAUGGCAGGCAUAAUUAUAUAUUCAACACGAAAAAAAAAGUUGAUUUGACACAACACAACAUCAAAAAGGAACUGCCCACGCUUGCAACCUUUCCUCGCCUGCCUGAGGCCGAACAGGUACUGCGCAGCAAGUACGUAAGCCAGAGCUACUGAUGGGGCAGCAACGACAGAAAGAGCUGUAGUAGCGCCGGCGGUACAGCCUUUGUGCCGUGGCACAAAAAUCAUUUCACCGAAAAAAUGCAGCAGCAGCAGCAGCAGCAGCAGCAGCCGCAGCAGCAAGAAAAACAAACGCACAAAAAAAACAAAAACUCUCGCACAUCAUCCCAGGUGCUCCGGCCACCACCGCGCUCGCUUUGCCUCCGCCCGCGCCCACGAACCUGAGACGACUGCCUACCACCCCGCCCCCUAUCAGCUUGUGCUACUACCUGGCGUAGCUCUCGCUGCCUGCUUGCUUCAACUUUUUCUGCUGCUGCUGCUGCUUCUUUUUCUUCUGCUGCUACUCUCUCCGCCUUUCUCUUUGCCGCGUUCGCCUUGUUCUUUUGUACGCGGGCGGCGUCAGCUUUCGCCGUUGCGGCGUCGCGGCUCCGUGUCAACCCCUUGACGUCUGCCCUCCUCACCAGCCCGUCGAACCUUGCUUGCGACGCCCUGGCCUCCAUCGUCAUACCAUGUUUUUUGACACAUAUCUCGUUUUGUCUCGAGAACUUUUGCUUUCGUUUUUUCCUCGAGUCCGACGAUUUUUUCUUCCCAGUCGUACCCAUGAGUACCCGAUGAGUACCCGAUCUGGGGAUUCGUUUUGCGCGACGAUGACGCAGUGGAUUCUAGCGUGGCUUUUUGCGUCACCUUGCUGAGAAGGAGAGCUACGCUUUCAUCGGUGGCGAUUUGCGUUGAAGUUGCUCACGUUCGUGGCAGCAGGCGAAAAGGGCCGAAAAUCACUUGUUUUUAGAGUGUUCGAUGGGUUAGAACCCGCCGAUUGAAAAACUGACCGAUGAAUCCAUAGAUAUGUCCUGUUCACAGGUGUGUACUGAACCGCAAGAGCCAGCUCGUUUGUGGCAUCGAGUAUUUCGCGUUUUUCUCUCGCUCUUUAAUAUCAAGCCAAAACAAGAUUU